CAGCGGGGCAGAGAGAGCCACACCUCGUGCCGGGGCUGGAAGUUCCCAGCAGGAAAAUUUCCACGCCGGCGAAGGCGGCGGCUGUCCGGCCUGGGGAGCGAGAGGCUGAGCCGGCAGGAAGGCGACCCGCCAGGAGGCAAGGUGUCGUUCAAGCAAGCUCCUGAAACAGGAGGGACAUUUCAGCAGCAGCGAUUCUCCGUCUGGAAGUUGAAAGGCACUCCCCGCUCUUUGCAGCACGCUUUUCCGGGCAGGGACAUCCCUGAACCCAAGCGGUAUCCUAGAGAUGCUCGGCAGCAUUUGAUGUUUUCGAAAGCACCACAAAUCGUUUCGGGGGGGCAAACGCUUCCUGUGCGGUGCAGCAGCGGUCUGGGCAAGAGGGCGGAUUACCAGAAUCUACGAGGAGACUGACCCAUCCACUAGAAAGCUGGAAUCCUCGACAAAUAUGAGUGAUUUUUGGCACAAGCUGGGGUGCUGCGUGGUAGAGAAACCACAGCCGAAAAAGAAGAGGCGGCGAAUUGACCGCAGCAUGAUAGGAGAGCCGAUGAAUUUUGUUCACCUGACGCACAUCGGAUCGGGAGAUAUGGCAAAUGAGGGGCUGCCCAUGACAGGGGCAGUGCAGGAAAUGAGAUCCAAAUGCGGCCGAGAGCGACAAUGGAGCAGCUCCCGCGUCUUGUAGCUCCGCCCUCCCCCCCUUCUCCAGUGUUCCAGGCUAAUUAAUAAAAGAAAACCAAAAACAGAAAAAAGAAUAUAUAUAUAUAUAAACAGCCCACACUUGAAUUACCUGUUUGAUCUUGUCAGAACAAGUUGGAAAUGCAAGACGCCUCCUGCUGUAGUCACUUAGUAACUUAUGCAAACUGAUUUCCAAAUGUUCUGAUUUUUUUUUUUUUUUAAAAAAAAGCAACUUGUUUGGCAUUUAAUACGCCUGGCUGUCUGCAUAAAAUGCAGGUCGACAGAAUCUCUUAGUGGUCUCUUCCUCCCGAUCCAUCCCACUACCAGUUUUUCUACACCCUUCUGGUUUUUACUUGUGACUUUCUGAAAAAUAAAAGUUUUGCAAUUGUAUAUUCAGUGGAGACUCCUGACCUGCGCGGCAUUGAGCAACAGAAACAAUCUUCACAUUUUAUGCUGAUAUAUUUCUCAUCCGGAGGAAUGGCUGGCGAAAUUGGCUUCCGUAGAAGGUUACUCGGUGGAUUUUUUCCUAAAGAUCUGCUAGAGACAGCCUUCUUGCAAGACUCAAGGAUGGCGGCAAGAUUUGGGGAGACACUGAGACCAGGAAUACAAGAGAUGGAAUCUGACCCGCAGGCACAAUCCGCUGGAAUGUUCUUCCGCCCCAGGAACGAGCUCCUUUUCCUUUCAAAUAGGGCAUGGGCCGAAGAACUUCCCAAUGAAUUGUGCCCCGUGCCAUUUAGUAGGAAGUGAGAUUACCACUUUGAAGUUUUGGCUACGCCCACCCAAAUGUCCCAGAUCGGUCUCCUCUCUACAUGGCCGCUACAGCCACGGAGUCCCUUGUGAAACGUCCACAAAAUGCGACUCAGAGAUCCACACACACAACACCUUCAGCACAUUGGAAUCUUUCUGCUCCGUGUUCAGGUCAGUAGAAACAUCGGUGCUCCGAAGCCAAGCCCCAGAGCCGGCUUUGCAUCCUUGCAGAGAGAUUCGGUCAUUUCAUCCUGGAGCACGAACAGAAGGCGAGAUGGUUCGUCUGACAAAAUGCACAGGGAACGGCAUUAUCCAUUCAUGACGGACUUUGGGCCACGAAGGGUACUGGCAGAAUUCAGUCAAGGCCCUAAAGGAAAACUGGGGUCUGUUUUUUCUUAACGAAGGACCUUUUGUUCUGCUGACUUCUGGACGGGUUGAAUUUUAGGGGGAUGGAACUGUUCGGUAGGCAUGGUGCCAGGAGCCAACUCUGACUGGCAGAGACAGUACUUUGAAUGCAGAGGGUCCCAGGUUCGAUUCCUGGAUCUCAGGCAGCAGGGCUUGGGCAGUGCCCUUGCCUUGAGGUUUUGGACAGCCCCUUCCUGCCGGAUUAAAAACCGUCGAUUGAGAUUCAGCAUAAGGUAGCUUCCUAUCUUCCUAUCUCUGGGCACGGCUGCAGUACAAAUAAAACCAGCUGACAGCCGCAAGGCCACGUGAGACUGAGUGCCCUUUAGUCGGGUUACAUCGCAGAGCAGAAAACCCCUUUUAACUCAAAAAGCUCUGUUCUCGCUCCGCAUCCAAUUUAUGCAGAAACCAACUUGUGGGUCAGUUUGUGAAAACAACGUGCUGUGGCUUCCCUACGAGGAACCUGGAAGUUGUAGUGCUGGAGGAAGCACAACAGAACCGUUGGCACCCUCCCAAAAUAGCCAUUUUCAGGACUUCCUUGCCCCCCCGACCCCGCUCUGCCCGUAAUUGAGCAAGCUACGCCAGCUGUCCCUCGCUCUCCCCCACCUACAAGGUGUCUGCAUGGACAGGCGUGCCAAAGAGGAGGAAAAGUCCCGUGGUCUGCCUUCCUCAUUCAGGUCUGGAGAUAGUAUUUCGAUUUCUGGUGACAGAUCUUUAGGUGUCCUGGUAAGCGGGUGCCUGGAAGUUUCGCAGCCUGGCACGGCGUCGCUCUUUGACCUUCCCUCUUUAAGAAACUGGUACUGCUGCAGACAGUAUGAAGCCCUGAGGCGGAUCCUUGGAAAGAACUGAGUUUUUCCACUGCAGUAAAACGACCUCCGUCUGUGUUUCACUUCACGUGUUUUGGGCUUUUUUCGUGUUUCCCUUUCUUCGAAGUUGCUGAUUUCAGGUGUUGAUUAUUAUAUGGAGAAAGAAAGGUGGAAACUCCAGCUUCUUAGAAGCAGAUAAAUCAGACACCACUGAGAACUGCCCUGUAAAAGAUUUCAAAUAGAUUCGAUGCUGCCCUAUUUUCCCAUCUUUUCUGUGUAUGUUGGCCAAGGAAGAGCGUUCUAGGUGCUGAUCAGAACCCCCUGCCAUUUUGACACUUUUUUUUUUAGAAACAACGCUGUCACUGUUAUGAAAAAACUAGGCAUUGUACUUUCAACAGCCUUUUCAACUAGGCCUUUAAAGAUCAGGGAACAAUUUCCCCCUCACUCGCUAUCGGGCAAUGAUUUUAUCUUAAGGAGAAGGUCGUCUUUGGUGUGUCUAGCAAGGGCAGCCGUUUUCUCACAUGCUUCAACCUGCCAGCGUGGCACGAAGAGCAAGGCUGCCACCUUUUCCGGUGGCCUGACUCGGUGCUCCUUGAAUCUCAGUUUGUUGUACAAGCACAAGCAAGUGCUAUAAUGUUUACACCGCAUGCCUUGAAAAGCGUCACCUGUUGGUGGUGCUCGGAAAGGUGCACGAGUGAGGUCAGGCAGUUUUCUCUGGUCUGUUGGCUACCCUGCUUGAAGGUUACCUUCCCUUCCCAUCAUCUGUCAGAAGUGUUAAUGUCUCUGGUGUUGUAAUGCUGCCUUCUCCACCCCUCCCUCAGCUUCUUUCAACAGUCGCAAGGCAGGCGGAACUUCAAAUGGUAGUGCCUUUCCUGGCAAGGCAAUGCAGUGAUGGGGAAGUGUUGGGAGUUCUGCUACGAAACAGAAAUGUUGCUUUUAAUUUAAUACAUAUAUAUUUUUAAAGUCACUAUGAUCCCCUCUCUGUGCACAAGGCCCGUAUCAAGAAAGAGAUUGCUAAGGGUGAUGUGAGUAGCUCAAAGCAGCAAGCCAAACCACAUGGUGCAUAGAGCGGGGUGAGGGGGGGAGCCGGAGCCAUCACCUAAGGGGUCCCGGUGGCAAAUCUUUUCUUAGUAGCCAGAAGAUCACAUACAUUCUAGUUGUGUAUGUCUAAUAUAGUGAAAGGAAAGUUGGAAGGCAGCUGGAGUCAGACCCCUGAUACAAGCGCAUUGUAAAAGGUGGAUUUCUGUUUUCGAAUGGGCAAACUCAUGGUACUGAAAGAGAGACAGCGAGUGAUUCCGCACAUGUUGGAUAAUGCACUUCCAAUCCUCUUUAUAGAUCAUUUGGAACGGAUUUUUUUGUGUGUGGAACAAAAAAUCCACCUCAAACGAGAGAUAAAGUGCAUUGAAAGUGCAUUAUCCAACGUGUGCGGAAUCAGCAUGAAUUCAACUUUGCUGUGCAUUAAUUAAUUCGGAACCAUUUCCAGAUUCCUGGAACAGUGCGCCUGAUUUCCAUUCUCCUGCCUACUGACCCCCCCCCCCAAAAAAAACACCCUCCGCCACAGCCUUUUCUCUUCCGUCUUCUGCAACCUUGGGCGUUUUGUCGCACAACAUCAUGCAACACUCACGGAAUAGUGGCACUUUUAUGGCACAAUUUCUGACAUCAUCGCGCCACAAAAACGGAAUCAUAACAGGGUGAUGUCAGAAAUCGGGCCAGGAAGACACCACCAUUCUGUGAGUGUUGUGCGAUGUUGCGCAAUGUUAACGUGUGGAAACGCCCCUUCUCUUGCCUCAAAUGUUUCCGCAGCAAGAAAAACUGGCAGUUUCUGGCGGAGGUCUCCUCCUUGCCUUUAAGCCUGCUGAAUUAUGUUUUUCAUUUCCCCCCUCCCCUAAUAUGUACUUCAGUAUAAAAUCUUGUCUUUGCUACACCAAUUUUCCUAGCUGGCCUGGUGAAAAUGGUUGCUUUGGGAAAGAAUAGCAGGGCUAUUCUAAUGAACUAUUACUUAGAAAUGUGUGGUUUUUUAAAAAGUGAAUUGCUGUAUGUAGAAAAUGAGCUGUCUAAAAUUAACUGGGAGGGGGAGAGAUUAAUUACCCUUGCAGGUUUUCCCCCUUAUGAGCAAUUCGCGUACAGAAAUUUCCCAUUCGAAAUCUGCUGUACUGACAGCCGUCAGAGAGAAUCUGCAGUCUGGUUGCUUGCUGAGAGAGUUCCCUGUAUGGGACGAUAGAACAAUUGUACAGAAUAAUUCCUCUGGCACGCCCUUUGUGAGGCUCCCCUCCCUUCCAGAGAGUGUAAUGCUUGAAAAAUUAAGUGUCAAAAGAUUAUUGUUAUCUGUUGUUACCUGUGUUUUUGGAAAACACGAUUGUUUCUCUUGUCCUCCAAUAAAGUCUCCACCUUUAUUCUUUC